CCUCUUUCUGUUUCUCGCCCCAAAAUCUCUCCAUCUUUCCCCUCGCGCAAAAUCUCAGUGGAGAAUUUCUUCGGAGCUCUUGAGCCAUGGCGGAUCACGCGGAGGAAUCAAAGGGAGAAUCUCUGAUCGAGAAGAUCGAGGAGAAGUUCCACAGCCACGAUUCGUCAUCGUCCUCAUCGGACUCGGACAACGAGAAGCCUAAAAAAUCCGAGAAGAAAUCGGAGGAGGCGGGGUCGUCUUCGAUCAAGAACAAGAUCUGGCGCCUUUUCGGGAGGGAGAAGCCUGUCCACAAAGUUUUAGGCGGCGGCAAGCCUGCUGAUGUGUUCCUAUGGAGGAACAAGAAGAUCUCCGCGAGUGUCCUGGGCGGGGCCACUGCCAUCUGGGUCCUAUUCGAGCUUCUCGAGUACCACUUGCUGACUCUGGUCUGCCACUGCCUCAUACUCUUACUCGCAGUCCUCUUCCUUUGGUCAAAUGCUACUACCUUCAUCAACAAGUCUCCACCUCAUAUUCCUGAGGUGAGCAUCCCUGAGGAUCUGACUGUAAACGUUGCGCUGUCUCUGAGAUAUGAGAUUAACCAGGGGUUUGCUGUUUUGAGGCAAAUCGCAUCUGGAAAGGAUCUGAAGAAGUUCAUCAUUGUGAUUGCUGGGUUAUGGCUGCUUUCUGUUGUUGGUAGCUGCUGCAAUUUCUUGACCUUGUUCUACAUAACAUUCGUCUUGCUUCACACGGUGCCUGUCCUGUAUGAGAAGUACGAGGACAAAAUCGAUGCCUUUGGAGAGAAGGCAACCGCAGAAUUCAAGAAGCAUUAUGCAGUGUUCAAUGAGAAGUGCCUGAGCAAGAUCCCAAGGGGACCAUUGAAGGAUAAGAAGCUGCAAUAAGAAGGUAGAAGGUACUUUGUUGCUGUGUUGGUGUUAGAAGGCUUUGGCUUCUAAGUGUUAUAUUGUGUCUGUUCUGUUGCAUGUCUUUUCUAUUGUUAUGUGAUGCGAAUGGUUUCUCUGUUUGCAUGUAACUCUAUUAUGUUUAGUGGGUACGAUUCCAAGAUUUUGUGACAUCGUAGCGAAUAGAUUCUAUGUGCUUGUAAGUCUUCUAGCUGAUUGCGGCUUUGCUGUCA